AUGCCGUUAAUGCAAAUGGUUCCAAUGUUGAUGAAAGAAGAGAAUAAGGAGGACUAUGAGCCAAAAGUGGUUUCAUUCGGGCCUUACCACCAUGGAAAUGAGAAGCUCAAGUUCGUUGAGAAUUUCAAGCCCACUGCAGUUCAAAUGUUCAUCGGAGACAUGAAUGAAGAUGUUUUCAUUGAUGCGAUAUUAAGGGAGAUUGAGAAUGUUAAAAAGUGUUACCUAGAAGAAUUCACACGUAGGUACACAGAUAUACAAUUUGCUCAUAUGAUGCUUAGAGAUGCAUGUGUCAUUUUAAAUUAUUUCGGACCAAAGGAUAUUGACAAGUCAUAUAAAGCGGCGGAGACAAUUAAUAAUCAUCUUGGUAUUGCUGUUUAUAACAGCAUUAGACGUGACAUGCAUUUGCUUGAAAAUCAAAUACCUUUCCUAAUUCUCGAGAUGUUGGUUGCCUUGAGAUAUAAUACUCCUAGACAUUCAUUUAUAAAGGCGAUGGAACGGGAUUCCUUUAAAAUGUUCUUCAAUGGAAUGAUUGAACAUGCUGAAGACAAAGAUGAUCUAGGGAAGAAUCCCGCUCACCUUCUUGAAAUUUUCCGAAGAGUAAUUGUGACAGGUCCAGAGCAUGAUCCUAUUUUAAGGGAAAAUGAAUAUGGUUGUUGCAAUGUUAAGGACAUGCUAACUCGCCUCGAAAAUGGUUGUGGUAAAUGCUGCAAAGAUGAUGAAAAUCAUGAAGAAUGGCAUGGCGGCCAGUACGUGUUCCGUUCAGUUACGGAUUUGAAAUCAAAGGGGAUAUAUUCAAAGGCUAGUGGGAUUAAAUCUCUCAAAGGUGUAAGGUUUAGUCCAACUAGAUUCUGUUGGUCUGCUGAACUAAAGCUCCCGUUUAUGUACGUUGAUAUGUACACUAGAGUGUUUUUCAAGAACAUGAUCGCGUAUGAGUUCUCUCCGAAUUCUCUUAUUAAUAACGAUAAAUCAGUGACUAGUUACGUGAGUUUUAUGAAACUACUUGUGGUUACAGAAGAAGAUGUGAAGGAGUUGAGAGAGAACAAAAUAAUAAUCAACUGCUUAGGGAGUGAUGAUGAUGUGGUGCAAGUGUACAAAGAUUUGAAUACUUAUGAGGGAGGGGAUACUUCUUAUUUCUGGGAUGUCAAAGAGCAUAUCGAACAUCACUAUCACAGCAAAAUAAGGACUUGGAUGGCUGAGUUUAGAACCACAUAUUUUAACAAUCCAUGGACUAUAAUUGCUUUGGUUGCUUCUCUUUUCCUCCUCUGCUUAGAUAUUGUCCAGACCUACUAUUCAAUACAUCCUCCUCCAAAUUAA